AAAUAAAUACGAAAUCCUAUGGAUCCGAGAGUGACAUUCUGAGUCUGGAUACCGGGACGAUUUCAGUAGCCUAUCACAUGAAACCUCUUACCUUUUCCUUUUUGGGAUCUAUUUAGGAGUCUGUGCAGCGUUUUAGUUGAGCGCACUUGUGUCUGACUCAACGAUGUGCUCCGGUGGGAAAUACUGUGUGUUUUUGUUCUUGCUUAGAAGUAUCCUGUCGGACCCGGGAACCACAAACCAAGUGGUUCUUUUGGACACUACGACAGUGCUAGGAGAACUGGACUGGAAGACCUAUCCUGUCAAUGGGUGGGACGCUAUCACAGAGAUGGAUGAGCAGAACAGACCUAUUCACACCUUCCAGGUUUGCCACGUAAUGGAGCCAAACCAAAACAACUGGCUGCGGUCUGGUUGGAUCCAGCGGCAAGCAGCACAGAGGGUAUACGUGGAACUGCGUUUCACACUGAGAGACUGCAACUCCAUUCCUUGGGUGUCUGGUACCUGCAAGGAAACAUUCAACCUCUUUUACCUGCAGACAGAAGAGCCGCUCUCUGCAGCGACACGGUUCAGGCCUACUGACUAUGCCAAGGUGGACACCAUAGCAGCAGAUGAGAGUUUUACACAGACAGAUCUUGGAGAUCGUGUUCUUCGCCUCAAUACUGAGGUCAGGGAGGUGGGGCCAGUGACACAGAGGGGCUUCUACUUGGCCUUCCAGGAUGUGGGAGCGUGUAUCGCUCUCGUGUCUGUCAAGGUGUUCUACAAACGCUGCCCAGCGACUUUAAGGAACCUGGCAGCCUUUCCUGACACGGUGCCACACAUGGACUCAUCCUCUCUGGUGGAAGUAAGGGGUGCGUGUGUGGAGAAUGCAGAAGAGAGGGACACACCCAAAUUGUACUGCGGUGCUGAUGGAGACUGGCUGGUACCACUGGGCCGCUGUGUCUGUAGUAUCGGCCACGAGGAGAUGGAUGGCCAAUGCCGGGCUUGUAAACCUGGCUUCUUCAAGGCAUAUGCUGGGAACACUCAAUGCUCCAAGUGUCCACAACAUAGCUCCAGCCAUGACCAGGCCGCCACCAUCUGUCACUGCGAAAAAGGCUUCUACAGAGCUAUCAAAGACUCCUCCAUCAUGCCUUGUACAAGGACUCCGUCAGCUCCCAGGAACCUGGUCUCAUUGAUCAAUGACACGGCUCUCUUCUUGCAGUGGAUGCCUCCUAGCGACACAGGAGGCAGGAAGGAUGUCACUUACAACAUCCUGUGCCAGCGCUGUGAUGAAAGAGACAGCGACAGUGGCGUGACACAGUGUGAACCAUGUGAACCAGACCUGCGGUUCAUCCCGCGGCCACUUGGUCUGACUGGCACCUCUGUGGCAAUUCUAGAUUUUGCGAUGCACGCCAACUACACCUUCCAUGUUGAGGCAGUGAAUGGCGUCUCUGGACUGGGGGUGUCUGCACGCCCACUGGCGAAUAUUACCGUCAACACACACCAAGCUGGUCCUGCUCUGGUGGGUGUCGUGAGGAAAGACUGGGCCUCUCAAAACAGCAUCGCCCUCUCCUGGUCAGACGUGGAACAGCUGCCUUCAGACAUAAUGGACUAUGAAGUCAAAUACUUUGAGAAGGAACAAGAGCAGCUGAGCUACUCAUCAACACGGACCAAAAACCCCAGUGUGGUGGUGACGGGCCUCAGACCGUCGACUGUCUAUGUCUUCCACGUUCGCGUUCGCACUGCAGCUGGAUACACAGCGUACAGCCCCAACUUUGAGUUUGCUACUGCAGCUGAGGAUCCUGAUAUCGCUGACCAGGGUCAAGUUCUGGUGGUCGUCACGGCGUCUGUCGGAGGUUUCUCCCUGUUGGUCAUCCUGACUCUCUUUCUUCUCAUUACUGGACGGUGUCAGGGGUACAUUAAAGCCAGGAUGAAGUCAGAGGAGAAGAGGAGGACUCGCUUCCACAGUGGACACGUCCCAUUCUCAGGGAUAAAGACCUAUGUGGAUCCAGACACGUAUGAAGACCCCACUCUGGCUGUGGAGGAAUUUGCCAAAGAGAUAGAGCCCUCAUACAUAUGUAUCGAGAGGGUGAUAGGCGCAGGGGAAUUUGGAGAAGUGUGUAGUGGUCGGUUGCGUGUACCUGGAAGGAUGGACAUCUCCGUGGCAAUAAAGACACUUAAAGGUGGCUAUAUGGACCAACAGAGGCGAGACUUUUUGCGCGAGGCUUCGAUCAUGGGACAGUUUGACAACCCCAACAUCAUCAGGCUGGAGGGAGUGGUCACUAGGAGCAGACCAGUAAUGAUAGUCGUUGAGUACAUGGAAAAUGGAGCGCUUGAUUCUUUCCUCCGGACACGUGAUGGGCAGUUCACAGUGCUCCAGCUGGUUGGUAUGCUGCGCGGCAUCGUAGUAGGCAUGACCUUUCUGUCAGACAUGGGUUACAUUCACAGAGACCUCGCCGCUCGCAACAUCUUGGUGGAUCAAAACUUGGUGUGUAAGGUGUCUGAUUUUGGCAUGUCCAGAGUCCUUGAAGAUGACACUGAAGCAGCCUACACCGCUACGGGAGGAAAGAUACCAAUACGCUGGACAGCACCAGAGGCCAUUGCUUAUGGAAAGUUUUCCACAGUUAGUGAUGUGUGGAGCUACGGUAUUGUCAUGUGGGAAGUGAUGUCAUAUGGUGAGAGGCCCUACUGGGAGAUGUCCAAUCAAGAUGUCAUUUUAUCAAUUGAAGAGGGCUACCGUCUACCUGCACCAAUGGGCUGCCCUGUGACACUGCACCAGUUGAUGUUGCACUGCUGGCAGAAGGAAUAUAACCUGCGACCACACUUCAACAAUGUGCUCUCUUUCCUGGACAAACUCAUCAUUAAUCCCAGUAGUCUGCUCACUCUGGUGAAUGAUGCACAGAAUUACCCAGACUCCCCUGAGGACAUGCCAGACUACCCUCUUUUCAUCUCUAUCGGCGACUGGCUUGACUCCAUCAAAAUGAGCCAGUAUAAGAACAACUUCCUUGCAGCAGGAUACACAACACUGGAUUCUAUUUCAACCAUGUGUAUAGACGACAUUAGACGUAUCGGGAUCUGUUUGAUUGGCCACCAGAGGAGAAUCAUAAGCAGCAUACAGUCUCUUCGCCUGCAGCUUCACCACAUCCAACAGAGUGGCUUUCAAGUGUGAGACCAGAGCACAAAAACAGACUUUGUGUCUGAUACACCAAGCCGGAAACAAACACCACUUCCUUGGCAUCGUCAUUCAACUAAUUGCACAAACACCAGACUGUUAAGGUGUAGCAGGUACCACACGCUGCUCAUGUGGCUCCGCUGCUAGACACACAUGCUGUCUAGGUAAUACACUCAUCAUCGUAUGGAUCAUUAUCAAAACAGCCUCCACAACAACCAACCUCUGUCAGCGUUGGCCAAAUGCGGUCUCUUUAUUAUGUCAGCAACCACUAGCAUUCACUUGAAAUUAGGACUUUAUUUUCUCCAGUGUCUAUUCAAGUGUUCACCAAUACCUCUUCUCUUUCCAAGUGACAAUCCAAUGGUUUCUAUUGACUUUGAAUGGUCUCAAGUCAGUUACCUCAUGACCAGAGAAGAUGUGGAUAGGAUAGAAGGUAUGGUAAUAAAUGGUACAGUAUGUGAUUUUAAUAACAACCGUUCCAGCUGGUAUAUUCGCCAGGUAUAAAGAUUGACAGAAUGGUAAAUACAAUCAUGUUUUUUGAACUGAAGACCGCUGAAUGUCAAAAGAUUUUAUAGAAAUGUAUACGUUCUAUCCUCAUGAUAAUGCAGUAUGUCUUGUACAAAAAGUCUUGUGAAAGUUCUAUGUUUUAUUCAGUAUGUUUGUUCCUUAAUAAAUAACCCUAUUUUAA